GUACAGAGAUUCUCUUCCCCAUGCCCCGACAGACAAAGGGGUCCUUGGUCAGCUCAGAGAUCCUCAUCAGGCAUCCCCACCCUGGCCAAAGACCUCUCGGUGGGCAAGACCAGAGAUCUUGUGUGUGGCGACAGCAUUUUGCAUUUUUGGGAUGUGUUUUCGUGGGAAGCGCUGUGGGGUUUUGGCCAGAUGAGGGUGUCCCAGUCGUGCUGUCAGGUUGGGCUGCGUGGGGUCAGAGCCAGACUGUGUGCUCCCUGGGCAGUGGCAGUUGAAGGUUUGUCAGCUCUGUGUUGCAGGAGCUGGGGUGUGAUGGGGUUAUCUUUAGCACUGCUUGGUUUGCUCUCGCUGUGGGAGGGUUGGCAACAUCCAGACAGGGCCAAAUUGUCAUCCCAGUACUAGUCUCAGAGAGCCCCUGCCCUCCACUGGAGGCUGCUGUGGGGAGGUGGGCUGUUGGAGUGACCCUUGGUGUGGAGGGUGGACAGGAUAGUUCGUAGUUCUUAGUUUUCCUGCUGGUUGCUCACCCCAGCGUCUCCUGCAGCUUCCCCGCCACUUAGGGAGGGUAAAUGGGGAGGUGGGUGUGGGCUGGGGGCAGAGCAUCCCCCAGCACCUGCGUGGGCUGGGUGCUGCUGGCAUCUCUGCAUGCAGGAGCUGGUAUAGAAAUGUGCUGGCAUCCGGGAGCUGCCACAGGAGACGCUGUCAGAUGCUCUUUAUGCCCCCAGGGACCUCCUCCCACUUCUUCUGUGCCUCCUGAGCUGUUGAACAGUGUUUGCAGAUGCCCCCAUCUCCCCUCACUGUGUCUUUAGGAGUGCCUUAGCCCCACUCCCCAUGUGCAGCAAAGCUUCUCCUACGUGGCUGGAGGAAAAGAGAGCAGAAGUCGGUGGUUUGGAUAGAUGUGGCCAAAUGUGGGACCAAUUUCCAAACUCCUGUAGGUGGUCAUUGCCCAAGGCAUGGCCCAAGGCAAGUGUUGGAUGCUUGGUGUGGCUGCCAGACUCUUAGAGUAGCACCCAAGCAUGGAUCUUAGGGGAGCACAGUCACCCUUGACUGACCUGUGUGACCUCCAAUGGCAGCUCAUGGAUGGAGUAAGGAUGGGGAGAACAUCUGGUGGCUUGUAUGAUGGUGAAGAAAAGGGCCAAGGCUCACACCCCAUGCCAAAAUCCAUCUGCUGGAGGGGCAUAGUGGGUGGAGGUGGCUCAGGUGUGUUUGGAGCAAGUACAGGGUGAAACCUGGACUGUGGAGGGAGCAGGAUGUGGGCAGUGGGAGUGCAGGUCUGCAAGGGCAGCACCUGGGAGAAGCAGGGUCAGCACUCAGUGUGAGAGGGGCCAGGCCAGACCCUGCUGUUCAGGGUGUCAGGUGUUUGCUGUCAGAUUACCAAAAGUCAAGGAGCAGUGGGAAAGAUUCAUGGAGAGACAUGGGACUUGUUAGCUUUUGCCUGGAGGUGCAGCCCUGCCACCUCCCGUGGCUGCUCCCUGGCUGGCUGUGACUCCAGCCGUGACUGGGGGAUGAAUUACGGCCACCGGGUUUUCCAUGCCUUAGUAUAGGCAUGGGCACGGCCUCAGCCCCCGCGCGAUGCAGCGAGUGAGCCCUGAGCUCCUGGCUCACUGCAAGAUCCAGUUGGAGGCUCUCGGGGAGUGCAAGUCAGGCUAGAAAGUGUUGGGGUUUUUUUUAAAACAGAAAAAGAAAAAAGCCCUCCCACCAUCACAAGAUGUUUCUGUCUAACGGCUCCGUUCUCUCUCCGCUAAAUACAAAUUAUGGCUCUGACAGCCGGAGGCGCUUAUCUCCAGCUGAAUGCCAAUUGCUUUCAGGAACAAAAUGUUUGAAGUUCCUUUAAGGUGAAGGCACAGCUUGGUCCCUGCCACUGCUUUCAGCCUCCAAAACCUGCUGUCAUCACCCUGACUUGGGUCUCAGGUCCCCAGCUGGGAGAGAAGCAGGCAAGGGGGUGGACACAGGCUGGCGGCUACAUUUGGACAUAGCUCAGCCCUCCUGACUCAGCCGGGGGGGACGGACAGGGACGUGGUCCUGGCCUGACGUUAGCAGUGGCGUGGCCCCUAUAAUAGCGUCGUGCCCCGACUUGAGCUCUCUCUCCCUGUCAGCCUCAGAGAUGAGUCUGUCCAUCCCAGCCGUGGGGCUCAGUGGGAUAAAACCAGAGCUGGGAUACAUUCUGGCGCCGGGGCUCUGACCUCUGUUGGGAAGCGUGGACUUGAGCUGGCUCUGGUGCUGCUGGCCCGUGGGACACAGGGAGCAUCGCCUCCGCGAUAAGAAUAAGUACUCGGCUCCCGGCAGCGUCGCCGUCAUGGGGAAGGACUAUUACAAGAUUUUGGGCAUCCAGAGCGGUGCCAAUGAAGAUGAAAUCAAGAAGGCCUAUCGGAAAAUGGCCCUGAAAUAUCACCCCGAUAAGAAUAAAGACCCCAAUGCUGAGGAGAAGUUCAAGGAGAUUGCAGAGGCUUAUGACGUCCUGAGUGACCCCAAGAAACGAGCCGUGUACGACCAGUAUGGGGAGGAAGGUCUCAAAACUGGAGGUGGCUCUUCAGGUGGCUCAGGGAACACCUUCCACUACACCUUCCAUGGAGACCCCCAUGCCACCUUCGCAUCCUUCUUCGGAGGCUCCAACCCUUUUGACAUCUUCUUCGCCAGCAGCCGCUCCCGGAUGUUCAAUGGCUUUGACCAGGAAGACAUGGAUAUGGAUGAUGACGACGACCCUUUCAGUGCCUUUGGCCGGUUUGGCUUCAACGGCAUUAACGGGGUUCACCGGCGGCACCAGGAGUCCCUGCACACGCGGAGGAAGGUCCAAGACCCACCUGUCAUCCACGAGCUCAAGGUGUCCCUGGAAGAGAUCUACCACGGAUCCACCAAGAGGAUGAAGAUCACUCGCAGAAGGCUCAACGCUGAUGGCCGGACCAUGCGGACUGAGGACAAGAUCCUAAACAUUGUCAUCAAACGGGGCUGGAAGGAGGGAACCAAAAUCACAUUCCCCAAGGAAGGGGAUGCCACUCCAGACAACAUCCCUGCAGACAUCGUCUUCAUCCUCAAGGACAAGCCUCACUCGCACUUCAAGAGGGACGGGACAAACGUGAUCUACACGGCAAACAUCAGUCUUAAAGAGGCCUUGUGCGGCUGCACUGUGAACAUUCCCACCAUCGAUGGACGGGUGAUCCCGCUUCCCUGCAACGACAUCAUCAAGCCAGGGACAGUGAAGAGACUACGUGGGGAGGGGCUGCCCUUCCCCAAGGCCCCCAGCCAGCGAGGAGACUUGAUCGUGGAGUUCAAAAUCCGCUUCCCGGACAGAAUAGCUCCCCAGACAAGACAGAUCCUCAAGCAGCACCUCCCAUGCUCCUAGAGCCCAGGGACUCUCCUCCAAAGCAGCAAUACUCCAAACGCAUGUGCCACAGCACCUGGCCUGCAACAGAGCCAAGGUGUCACAGCACUUUUAAAUGCAAAAAAAAAAAUAAAAAAACAACCCCUCACACUACUUUUCUCCCCCAAAAAACCCAUCCGACCCACCCCCUAUCCAUCCUUCUUGGCCGGUUUUUUACUCCAACAACGGGGAGACUCCUGUCUGCCACAGCUCUCCCGACUGCCAAACCUUUUCUUUCUCCCCAGAGGUCCAUUUUUUUGCCUCGCAAGAGCGAGAGCCGUGGGCCCUCUGCCCGGGGAGGUGCGUCGUGUUGUGGGUUUUUUAUGUCACCUGCUUUUCAGGCCACUCUUCCCACAAGAAGCUGGACUUGUCGGGGUCCGGCGCUGUGUAAAUAGGACUCCACAGGAUCUGGCAUCCCCGCUGCUGGUUUUUCUCUUCCCCUCUUUGACACUUGCUGCUGUUUGGGGUCCCGGUUGCACCGCGGUGCCGAUCACUCCUGCCUGCGGUGGCCCCCCCAGUAGCUGGACAAUUUCUCACCUUGGGGCCGCGGUUCCAGCCGUGGUCCACUCUCCUGUGCCAAGCCUACACCGAGCCUCGGCCGUGCCAAACAACGGAGCACGUGGGGAUGGUCCAUCCAGCCUCCUGCCCCUGCCCGGGGAUGUCCCCAGUGCCCGUGGGCAGCGCUUGCCUGCACCUGCUGCCCGCAGGGCCCAGCCAGCAGGAGGAGGGGGGAAAGCCCAGGGUGGAGCUUUCUUUUUUCAGAUGUGUUGAGUUUGCAUUGCUGCUUUUAUUUUUUAAAUACAUAUAUAUAGAGCUCAUUAGAUAAACUUGGUAAGGGUUUUUCUCUGCCUGAAUUGGGGAUACUGGCCUGACGCACCCAGGCUUUUUUUGAAAGGGGGAUGAUUCAGCCACACGAACAGCAAACCCCCGGAGUGGGGUUGUGUGUGCGUGUAGCACUAAUCUGGGUGCAAAAGCAGAGCCAAGCGUGAGCAGAGCUGUGGGUUUCACUAGUGUUUCAGGUCAAAUUAGGGAUUCUAAUAAGAAGAGAGAGGCGUGUGUAUAUAUUUUUCUACAGGGACAAUUCAUUCAGGAGGUGUUUCUGGACAUCAGGAUGGAUCUGGGAGAUGCAUGAGGCAGUCCGUUUAGUGGCUCCAUUUUCAAAUACUGUAUUUUUUUAAAACCUUUGGAUUUCCAUCAGGAGAAUUUUUAUAUUUCUAACCUUUCUCAGCCCACUCUGCCUCAUGCCAUUUUUUUUCCCAGGAAAGGGCUGGUGUGGAGCUGGAGGCAUAUUCAACCUGGCUUUGUACAGCUCCUCUUUCACCACAGCACUGCCAAGAAAACCCCUGCCAAAAUAUCCCCCACCCCCCACCCUGGGAAUCCUUUUUUUUUUUAAUUCCUAAAAAAAAAAAAAAGUACUGACUUGAAGCGGGGUCCCUUGGGGUGGGGGGCUGUGCGUGGGGUGUCCGUGGGGCUGGGGUGCAGCUGUACAGCAUUACCUGUGGGGCGAGGAGACCUGUGAGGCACUGCUGAAUCAAUCACCCGCUUUGGCCAGCGAGGGGUGGCCACUGGUUCCCUCCAUCCCUCCACUGGUCCCUGUGGAGUUUAUUGUGGAGAAAUGUGGUGGACAACAUGAGCGAGAAGACAGGCCAGCACGCAGAUGCAAGCUGAUUUGUUUUUCUCGGUUUCAACGAGACCUGAAUGUUUUAUAGUGGGGUUUUUUGUAAUUUUCUUUUUUUUUUUUUUCCUUUUCUUCUUUUUU